AUGGCGCUCAGCAUCGAUCAGAAGCGCCUCAAGGCGACAAAGUUCCCUCCCGAGUUUGACAAGAAGGUCGACAUCGAGAAAGUCAACAUCGAUCUGAUGAAGAAGUGGAUUGCUAACAGGAUCACCACUAUCCUCGGUGACGAAGAUGACAUUGUGGUCGAGACGUGCUACAAUCUCAUUGAGCAGAAUCAAUUUCCCAAAAUCAAGGAAAUCCAGAUUCAGCUCACGGGCUUCCUCAACAAGGAGACCGCACCUUUCUGUAAAGAACUAUGGGAUCUCAUGCUGAGUGCGCAGGAUAGUCCCAUGGGUGUGCCCCGAGAAUUGCUCGAAGCGAAGAAGGCCGAAUUGCAACAGGAGCAGCUUUCCAAAGCCGCUGCCGAUGCUCGCCGUGCUGAAGAACAGGCGCAGAACGCUAUGAUUGACUCGUUCCGUCAGAGCGAGCGUCCGGAACGACCCGAGCGUGGCCCUGAACGUGGCCGUGGCGGAGGAGGAGGACGAUUCCGUGGUAGUGAUCAUCACCACCGAGACGAAGACCCUCCCCACCGAAUCGCGAGCGCGAUGUUUACAUACCUGGAGGAGGUCGUGGUCGCGGGCCAAGUCUCCACCCGCAAGACGAAGGAGAGACCGGUCUCGAAGCCGGGACAGCAGGAGGCCGCCCAGGCCCAUUUCGCGAUCUAG